CUGUCGAUCAUUGAGAUAUUGUGCGUGUGUGUGUUAAUCCGGUGUAAAGCUCAGGUGAUGGAUGAGCAGUAUGGGAUUAUGGAGAGGAGCUGCUGAGGUGUUUUGUGUUUAAUUCCUCCACACUGUUCCUGCCGGUCUCUCCUGAAACUCCUCAACAUGAAGACUCUCCUCGCCAUGCUUGUCCUGUUGGCUGCUGUCAUACACACUGUGUUCUGUUGUCCGGCAUGUGAAGGUGACGGCUUGAAGUGUUACUCAUGUGUGGCGAGUAACUCAGACGAGUGUUUCCGGCAGGGCUCCACUGUGUGUCCCGCUCAUGCAGAUGCCUGCUCCACUAUUACCAGCCACAACUCUGUAAUGAAGUCAUGCGCUUAUAAGUCGUUCUGUGACAAGUCUCACAUGAGCAAUGGAGAGAUGAAGCUGGAGUGCUGCUAUAAUGACGACUGCAACGGCCCUCAUCGCUCCCACAGCCACGGGGAGCCCGGCAGCGCCCUGAGCCUGAGCUCCAGCCCCAUCCUGCUGCUGACCGUCCUGCUGAUCCCUCUGACCCUCAGCUCACUCUAAACCCAAAACACAAACUGAGAGAAUUAAGCCCUCCUCUGAUGGAGUGAAGCUGUAAUGUAACUGAUAGAUGAGCUUUUGUCUACGAGGCGGCAGAAUAAUCUGUGUGUGUUCUUGCUGUUGGACAAAUACUGGUUAAUAAACACUGCAUAGGUUGUGUGUUUGUCUGUUUUUGUGUUGUAUAUGAGCUCAAAUGAGCAUCUGCUAAACAAAUCAAUAAAGUAAUGACCAGUGUACAU